AAACAAAAUGGCGGGUACUGAUUGAUCAUUUAUUACUACAAUGUGUGGAUUAGCGGUUGAAUUGCUAGUUGUUCACGACCUGAUGUCAAAAUGAGUUCGAUAGAAUCAACGCUAGAUGCCCUGACGAGCGUCGACUCCUUGGUCGACACUCUAAAAGCAUGUAUUUGGAAGCAAGAUAAAGUUAUACGCGAGAAAAACGAAGAGAUUGAAAUUCUCAGGUCGAGAGUGAAAGAACUUGAAAAGGAGCGAAAUCAACUCCACCGUUAUAUCGCAAGGGAAAGGGCCAACAGCUUGACAAACGUCAACACUGGUGCAAAAAAUAUAGCGGAUGGUGAAAACAGGGUGGUGGACUCCAGAAAGAUAUCUCAGGAUACACCAGAGAGAAAUAGCUCAACUGAAGGCAAUUCUGAGGUCGUUACAACUCCUCAGACCCCAACAUCUCCCAUGAUCACAGUAACAGCUGCAGAAACACCACAAAACUCUCCAAAACUAGUAAAACGUGAUACUUUCAAAGCAGUCAAAAGAAAUGACAGCUUGAACAGACAGAAAUCAUUUUCGAAAAAAUAUGAACUUAGUCCAGAACUUCAAGACAGAAGUGUGAAGGUUCUGGAACGACAGUAUGGAGGCAAGGAUACUGCUCAUAAGGCAGCCCGAGUCAUUCAAUCAUACUACCGCAAAUAUAGAAUGGAUAAACAAUUUGAAAGGAUGAGGGCAUACUCAGGGUCUCCUUUAAAAGAUCUAUUUAGACCUAAAUCAAACAGCGAUCCUCGAUCUCAAAUUACAAGUCCCAGGACAGAGAAUUCCUCACAAGCUCAAGUGACGCCUGUGCUGCGAAUCACAAAGAGGAAAAGAGGAAGUCAAAGAGUCAAGUCAAUACUUAUUAUAGACAAUAUCAACAGUUUAUCUGGUGCAGAACCUCAAAUGUAUAGCAGCGAAAUUGCAUUGAAUUCUUCUCAGGAUAAUCCUCCAGCAGAUCUUACAUCAAUAUUCUUUGGAGCAGGAUAUAAAACAGAUGCCAAAGUGAAUGAGCAAAGAGAAGCAGCAGACGAGAAGGUGGAUACAAGGCUAGGAAGUGUCACUAGUGAAACGGAACAUUAUGUUAAAGUGGAGGUUAUGGAUAAUGUGGAGACACUGCCUGAUGAUGCUUUUGUGGAGGAUGAUAAAGUGCCUAAUAAGGUUCUCAAUGGAGACCUGCCUGGGAGGCCAAGGAGAGACACAAUCACUGAUGAUGGCUCGACCUAUGAGAGUGAUGACUCAGGGGAUGAAAUGAGAAGAGACCUCAGCAGUGUGGACAGUAUUGAUGGACUCUGCACAUCAGUUCCUUCUAGCACUGAUGAUGACACUUCAAGUCUUUAUUCAGAAUUUGAAUCUGGAACAAAACCUCAGAAGUUGGAGACCAGGAUUGGUAUAAACCACUUUAAUAGGAAGCCAGAGAAAGGAAUUAAUUAUCUUGUGGCUCAUCAAGUGUUGGAAGACAGUCCUGAAGUGGUUGCAAAGUUUCUGUUGAGUGAACCUGGCAUUAGUAAGCAGAAACUUGGAGAGUACUUGGGUAAUUUGCAAAAUGAAUUCAACAUGGAAGUUUUAAAGUACUUUGUGCAGUCAAUGGAUUUUACUGGAAUGGAGGUUGAUGAGGCUCUGCGAGUAUACCAGACUUCGUUCAGAUUACCAGGGGAAGCACAGAAAAUUGAAAAACUCAUGCUGGAGUUUGCCACACAGUAUGUUGCGUGUAACCAUGUUAAUGAAAAGGGCGCAGUGGAUACAAUCCUUAUUCUGGCAUUUGCCAUUGUGAUGUUGAACACUGAUCUUCAUAGUCCCAAUGUGAAACGAAGGAUGACAGAAGCUGACUUCAUCAAUAACUUAAGGGGUACCAACAAUGGUGGAGAUUUUCCAGAAGAGAGUUUGUUAGCGAUCUACAAUAGAGUAAAAAAGAAAGCAUUUUCUCCAGGAAAAGAUCAUGUCAAUGCUGUUGAGAAACUGAGUAAAAAGAUUGUUGGAACAAGAUCACCUUGGACUACACUGGCUGCUCUUCACAGACAGCUUAGAUUGCUGACCCCUCUGUACGAUGUGAGGGAUCCAAACAAGAAGGAGAAAGCUCACCCCAGAGUUAUCUUUCUCUUUAAUGACAUGCUAGUGGCCACUAAAGAACGAGGUAGAGCUGGUCGCGGAGAGGGGAUUCAUUAUUACAGCUACAAGCUGUCCUUCUCCUUGUGUGGACUGAAAGUAUCCACCUUUUCAAAGGACUGUUAUCCUUUUGGAAUACAGAUUUAUUCAAAACUAGAUAGCAGGGUUCUGGCCUUUUUUAAUGCCAAGGAUGAAGAAACAAGAAGGGUGUUUGUUGACGAACUUGUUGACUGCAUAGAGGAGACAAAUGAAAUGGAAAGUGACCGAAUUACGACAGAGAAACAGAAGCACCUUGGAACCAGGUUUAACAGAUCAGGGAUGGACAUGAAUCGCGUAUCAUUAACAUUACCAAAGAAAGUCAAGCAGCCAUCCCCAGAUACAAUCAGUUUGAUUGACAGUGCAGGUUCAAUGGAUUCCUUAAACACUGGCUUGAUGGGAUCAAAACAACUUUCUAGUUCACUUUUGAACAUUAAUGAGACUGGAGAGUUUUCAGAACUGAAGAAAAGCAGCAGUAUUUCAUCUUUAGAUAGUGCUUUUACUGAAGCAGGUUCUGAUCAGACAAUGUCCGACGAUCUUCAUGGCUCAAAUUCAACUCUUAACAGAAAAGGAUUGUUUGGUAAAUGGCGCUCCAGAUACAACAGCAAAAGUGUUGGAAGGCCCUCGCCAAAAAUGAGCCCUGUGUCUAUGCCCGCUAGAAACUGUUCGACUCCCAUAUGACAUUAAUACCCAAUUUCCCAUUCACUCAUCACCCUCAUUCAUUUUUCAUAGAUCUUGAUACUUUAUCCAGGGAAAUAUAUCACUAGAAUAGUGAAAGAUGUCCAUUUGCCAGAGAUGGCACAGUCUGUGGUAAAUGACAGAUCAGAAGUCUUAACUAUCCCUUGCCUGAAAAUUACUAUUUUAGAGGAAGGAAAUUCAUAUAAACUUGCUAUAUUUUUAUAACUUAUUUGGUAUAGCUCAUUAUUCAAUGAAAUGUCUGUUAGAACAGUACGAUAGAGAAUCCUAUACUGUCAAACUCAGAAAACUGUGAACACUGGAAAUACUGCUGGAUUGUUGUGGCGUUAGGGAAAGAAGACAGUCAGGCCCAAAGCAGCUAAACUGUCUGUGUCUUGCAACAGAAAUAAGUGUGUGGUUUGGCAAUUUGCUGGUGAGUCCAGAUAUCGAAGAUCAACAGGGUACCCAAAAUCUAGCCUGUGUACAGACCAUUACUAUAAUUAUACUUCACUUCAGCAUCAGUGUCUCUUUGCCCAUGGAAAAGUAGGAAGGCUUGAGCAACAUAAGCUAGCAAGAGGUCUGCAAGAGCUCUAGUAAUGAUAGUGCCAGACUUACAGCAAACCUCUCCAUGACUCAUCUUAUCUUUCCGUGGGGAGAGAAACCUGCAUCCUGUUGUGAACUAUUGACUGCCUGCCCACAGGCUACCCAAAUACUCAAAUAUGCAGGGUAGGUCUUUUGUGGUUUUCUAAGUUUGACAGUUAAUGAAGUGAUCAUGUCAGAAUAUUUGAUCAUCCACUCUGGCUGGUUGUAGUCUUAAAAUUGAAUGUUGGUGGUGAAUAUUGUUCCAUUAACAUGAAAAGAAGUAUUCUACACAACAGGUGUGUACACUACCUUGGUAGAAAGACAAGUCAACAGUGGCAGAUCUGUUAAGGAGUAAUUUCAACUAGAGACUCCAGUGAUAAUUUUCAAACUUUGGUUACUCCAAGAUGUAUUCAUUUAAUUUCUUUAGUCUAAAAAGUCAACAAAGGCUGCAAAGGAGACUAAAUAAAUAUUACCCCUUAAAAAAAAAAAACAACAACAAACAAAACAAGAAAAUAUUAUUGAAAGCAAAAUGCCUAACAUUCAUGCUGUGGUGUUACCAGUAAGCAUUGAUAUUGUCUGCUUAUUAUGACCUUAUUCAGCUGUCAUCGCACAUUCUUACAGAUAUGACUCCACUCAUUUAAGAUAUUUUUACGUGAUUAGAAGUAAUAAGACAAAUGUGUUCUACAGCAAAGGAAAAUCACCCUAGAGUUACAGUGUUAAAACAGUGGCAGUGAUCGGUUAGAUGACAAUGCAAAAAGUGGAGUGUUGUGAAUUUAUUAAGAACAUAGUUAUCCUUUAAUUAAAAAUUCGCAGCAAAUUUAUGUACGUAAUCAUUGACCCUUUCAGUCCCAAGAUCUCAAUAAUUCUGCUUCAUGUCUGUCAAACAUUGCUAGUAAUUUUUGCUCUAAGAAUUUGGGGUAAAAUUAAAUAAUUAUCUUGUUGAUAUUUUUCUUUAUUCUCAACAUCUGUCUGCUUAAUACUGUAUCAGUAUUAAGGAAUUAAGUCUUUGUCACACUUGGGAGUGAGACAAUUAGUAUUCUUUUCAAUUUUUGUAGGUUUCCUCUAAUUACAGACUGGGAAUCCUUGGUGAAGGGAGAAAUAUGGGCAUUUUUUUUUUCAUUUUCUGAACCUAUUAACUACUAUAGGUGUUAAACCUGACAUUAAUUUGAGUUCUCAGUUUGUAAACUCUCACAAUAGGUCACAAUAGAUUGUAGAGAGGAUUAUAUAUUGAAAAUUUUUGGUUGUCAAGAGCAAUCUAUUUUUGCAUAGAUGUACUAUUUUGAGUGUGUACAUAAUUGAAUAAGGAUUACUCUGAUUCUCUUUAUAAUUAUAAUAUCAGGACAAGGCCUAUUGAAAGUAUAAUAAUUUGCUUGUUCUAUUUUAGUUUGAGGAGUAAAUUAGGGUCACGAACUCAUUAAAUGUUUUUAAACUACA